AUGGCCACCAACGGUACCAAAGGCGAGGCCGCCGCCAACACCACCCACACUACCUCCCAGCGGUAUCUCAGCACCCGCGGAGAGGACAGCGGCUUCUCCUUCGAGGAGGUCGUUCUCAAGGGCCUCGCCAGCGAUGGCGGCCUGUUCAUCCCUGAGCACAUCCCCCAGGUCGAUGACUGGCAAUCCUGGAAGGACCUGGCCUUCCCCGACCUCGCCCACAAGAUCCUGUCUCUGUACAUCUCUCCCUCCGAGAUCCCCUCCGCCGACCUCAAGGGCAUCAUCGACCGAAGCUAUUCCACCUUUAGAGCCCCCGAGACCACCCCCCUCCGCCACCUCAACGACAACCUCUACCUCCUCGAGCUGUUCCACGGCCCCACCUUUGCCUUCAAGGACGUUGCUCUGCAGUUCCUCGGCAACCUGUUUGAGUACUUCUUGGUGCGCAAGAACGAGGGCAAGACUGGAAAGGACAGACAUCAUCUGACUGUUGUCGGUGCCACGAGCGGUGACACCGGUUCUGCCGCCAUCUACGGUCUGCGAGGCAAGAAGGAUGUCUCCGUCUUCAUCCUCCACCCCAAGGGUCGCGUGAGCCCCAUCCAGGAGGCCCAGAUGACUACCGUCCUGGACGAGAACGUCCACAACCUGGCUGUCACUGGCACCUUCGACGAUUGCCAAGACAUUGUCAAGGCUCUCUUCGCCGACCCCGACAUCAACUCGACCCACAACCUCGGUGCCGUCAACUCCAUCAACUGGGCGCGUAUCCUGGCCCAGAUCGUCUACUACUUCCACUCCUACUUCUCCCUCGUCAAGUCUUCCGAGACCUUCAACCUCGGCGACAAGGUCCGCUUCGUCGUGCCCACGGGUAACUUUGGCGACAUCCUCGCCGGCUACUUUGCCUACCGCAUGGGUCUGCCCGUCGACAAGCUCGUCAUCGCGACCAACGAGAACGACAUUUUGCACAGAUUCUGGACGACCGGAAAGUACGAGAAGCAGCCCGCCCCGCCUGCGGAAGCCGCCGGUGGCCUGGCCCAAGACGGCGUCAAGGCGCACGAGGACGGCGUCAAGGAGACGCUCAGCCCCGCCAUGGACAUUCUCGUCUCAAGUAACUUUGAGCGCCUGCUGUGGUUCCUGGCCUACGAGUUCGCCUCUAGCGCGGGAAUGGACGACGAGUGGAACAAGAGGCAGGCCGGCCAGGAGGUGUCCUCGUGGCUCAAGGACCUCAAGACAAAGGGCGGCUUCGGCCCCGUCUACCAGGACGUGCUCAACUCGGCCCGCCGCGACUUUGAGAGCGAGCGCGUCAGCGACCCCCAGACCGUCGAGACCAUCAAGAGCUACUACAACAAGAUUGGCUACGUCCUCGACCCCCACUCCGCCAUUGGCGUGUCCGCCUCGGAGCGUUCCGUCAGCCGCGCCGGCGCAGAGGUGCCGCACAUUUCGCUCUCCACGGCCCACCCGGCCAAGUUUGCCGGCGCCGUCGACCUGGCUCUCAAGGACGAGGAGGGCUUCGACUUCAAGGCCAAGGUGCUGCCGUCAGAAUUCGUCGGCUUGGAGGACAAGGAGAAGAGGGUGACGGAGAUUGUCAACGAUUGGCAAAAGGUGCGGGAGGUUGUCAGGGCGCAGGUCGACGAGGAGCUCAAGGCUGCCGAGAGCUGA